GUAAUUACCAAACCUGGCUCUUCCACCACGCCACCCCCAGCACUGUCCUUAGUGGGGAAGAAAUCUCAGUUUGUUAUGUGUGCAGGAGCCUUCCAGGUGUGUUUAACUUCGAGAGCAUCAGAAGAGUGACUUCUGAGGUCCACUACUUAACAUUCUGGCCCGAGGGCAGAUACUCCAGUGUAUUUCCAGUAAAGUCUUAAUUAGUCGACCAAAUGCUUUAUGGAAUCAUGGCAUAGAAUUUGAACUGGGAUAGAGUUUGCAGAGAGAGUUACCUCAUUUUACAGACGAGAGACCUGAGUCCUGAAGGUGUUAAGUUGCUUUCCCAAGGUGUCAUAUGUGGCAGCAGUGGAGGGAUGUAGGAUCCGGGUCCCCUGUGCCCCGUGCACCCCACUUCUGGACGUUGUCUCUCUAAUCCAUUCUUGCCUUCUAGUGCUGUUAACAAAGAAAGGCACUUUUCUUGUGAAGAUUGUAAUGGGAAUGUCAGUGGAGGCUUUGACGCUUCAGUGUCUCAGAUUGUUUUGUGCCAGAAUAAUAUCCGUAACCAGGCCCACAUGAGCAGAGUGGUCACCCACGAGCUCGUUCACGCGUUUGAUCAUUGUCGCGCGCACGUCGACUGGUUCACCAACGUCCGACAUUUGGCCUGCUCUGAGGUCCGAGCUGCUAACCUCAGUGGAGACUGCUCACUUGUCAAUGAAAUAUUCAGGUUACAUUUUGGAUUAAAACAACAUCACCAGACCUGUGUGCGAGACAGAGCCAUUCUUUCUAUUCUAGCUGUUCGGAACAUCAGCAAAGAAGUCGCUCAGAAGGCUGUUGAUGAAGUUUUUGAGUCUUGUUUCAAUGACCAUGAACCUUUCGGAAGGAUCCCACAUAACAAGACGUAUGCAAGACACGCUCACAGAGACUUUCAGAACCGGGAUCGGUACUACGCAAACAUAUGACGACAACGACGUGUUGUAUCACGGAGCUGCAGCGAUCAUGAGGAAGGUACGGCUCCCCGGUGGACAAACGUGUAAAACGUGAACGGUCAGUUGAAUCCUGAGGAGACACAGAAGAUGCUGACGACAGCACAUGAUCAGAAAAGUAACUGUGCUGAAAAAUGAAACCGCCUUGAACUCCAAGGCAAAAAUUGUACCUUUGUAGUUAACCAUUUGGUAAAUAAGGCAAAUAAAUUGCAUUUCAGUAUUUUCUACAA